AUGCCGGUUAUUGGACUUGGUACUUUUAUGUCUCGCGGAGACGAAGUGGAGGAAGCCGUGUACUCGGCCCUUCAAAUGGGUUACAGACAUAUUGAUACUGCUGACUUGUACAUGAACCAUGAGCAAGUCGGGAGAGCGCUGAAGCGCGCUAUUGGUGAUGGAAUCGUGAAGCGAUCUGAUGUAUUUUUGGUAUCGAAAUUGUGGCCUACAGAUUACAGGGCUGAUCUUGUGCGAAACAGAGUUGAAAAGAUGCUCGUGGAUCUGCAAGUUGACUACUUGGACCAACUGUUAUUGCAUAUGCCAGAGGCAUGGGAGCAUCAGAAUGACUUGGAAGAUCAUGAUCUAGGUGACACGUGGAGGAUGUUUGAGGAGUUGUAUGAAGAGAAGAAGGUUCGUUCCAUUGGAGUCAGCAACUUCGGUAUCCAGCGAACGACGGACCUGUUAUCCAAAUCACGGAUCAGACCAGCUGUGAACCAAAUAGAAGUGCAUCCUUUCCUACCACAAGACAAGUUAUUAGACUUCUGCACUGCGAGAGGUAUGAAGGUGGUUGCUUAUGCUCCAUUGGGAGCUCCUGGAUACCCGUACGAGCAUCCAGGACCCCUCCCUGAUGUUUUCCAUCACCCAAGUAUAAAACAGAUUGCUGUCAGCCAUGCGAAGACCGCGGCUCAAGUUGCUCUGCGCUGGGCUAUUCAACGAGGGACAGUUGUGAUCCCCAAGAGUGUCCGAAGAGAACGGAUCGAAGAAAACCUGAACAUAUUCGACUUCGAGUUGUCGGAGGAGGAAAUGGUAGACUAA